AUGGAGGGCAUCGAAACCACUCAAGCCGUCGUGGCCAUGGACCUCUCCGAUCCCGAUAUUGAACCUUGCACCGAACCUACUGAACACGCUACCCCCACCAAAAUCGACAAACCCUCUGCUUCACCUGUCCCUGAGCCCAGCGCUUCUUCCCCUACCACCGAAGCCGAUGACGAACAGGAUACCAUCAGCAAGAUCAUCGAAGUAAAAAAGACCAAGCCCACCCUCCACGUGCGGGAGAACCUCAGCUACUGGAAGUGUAACCAGACCCUUCAGGAUGGCAGCACCUGCAGUUCCUACAACGUGAUGGAGUUUAAGCAGUGUAAGGACUGCAAGAGCCGACGCGGAGUUGGAGACGACGGCACCGAUGCCUACGGCACUAAGGUUGCAAAGAUCGUUCACGUUGACAACAAGAACGGAGAUGAGUACUGGCAGUAUCUCAUGGAGGAAUAA